CAUGUUGUUAGCUGCUACAAAAUAUAUUUAGUUUCAAAAUUAAAAUUAAACUUUACGAAAAUGUUAAAAGUACUUUUUACACUUUUUGCGUUAAUUGUUGUUUCAAAUGCUGGUUUACAACGAAAAAUCUCUUUUACUUCAGGACAUUUAUUUCAAGGAAGAAAUGUCAAUGGUGUAAUGGUAAAAAACAAUAAUUGCGAACAAGAAAUUAUAUGGGAAAAAAAUCAAGAUAAUUUAAAAGCCUAUUUCUCAAAGAUUUUCGAAGCAACCGGAAAAGUGGAAACAUUGGAAUUUGAAGAUUUAUGUGCUAAAACAAGAAAGUGGUCUUUAAAAGAGUCUGUUCAGAAUUUUACUCUAAAUACACUUGGAAAAGCUAAGAAAUGUCCAAUAAGGAAGGGCACAGUCAAAAUUAGGUAUCCAAUUAAUUUCUCAUAUGAAGAAGAAGAAAAUGAUAAGCAUUGUGGACCAUUUCUUGGAUUGGUACAUAUUGUUAAAAAGAAGCAAGAAAAUUCUAAAAUGACUCCUUUACUUGUUACAUAUUUGUAUAGAGGAAUUAUAACCGGUGAUGAGUGUUAAAAUCAUAUAUACAUAUAAUAUUAAUUAUAAUUUCACGUUAAAUUUAUUUCUUUUAAAUUCGGUUAAAUAUAUUUUUUUCGUUUUUUUUUUACAGAAACAGGGCACUUUUGAUAAUAGUAAAUAUUUUUAAAAAAUUUUUUUAAUUUAGUUUUUUUUACACUAAUUACAUUAGUUAUAACUUAAAAAAAAAUUAAUCAAUAAGUAUUUGAG